AGUUGAAUUGUCGGUGGGUGGUCUCACGAGACAGCAGCAGCGGCAGCUUCAAAGGCCAACGCCUGCGUACAUACGCAGAUCCAGAUCUGUAGUGAUCAGAUCAGGCUUCGGAGGAGACGAUGCUGGGCGCAGGCCGGCGAUUCCAGCUCCGGCCGGAUCACCCCAUCCGCAACGGCGGCUUCGCACUCUUCGUCGCGGCCGUCCUCGUCUUCACCAUCAUCGCCGCCACCUACCAGCCCGAUGACCCCCUCCUCCACGCCUCCUCCUCUUCCUCCUCCUCCAAGCUCACGUCCUUCCUCGUCUCCACCUCCAAUGCCACCUUCCUAGCGGACGUCUCCGUCCUCCGCACCGGCGAGGACUUCCAGAACUCCUCCUCCCCGUCCUCCGCCGCCGAUAACCGCGUCGCCGAGAUCGCCCCCUUCAUCCAACUCUCUGACAUCGACAACUCCACCACCUCCGCCGCCGCCGCUAUUGCCGAGGUGUGCGACCCCGGCGCCCCCGUCGACUGCGCCGACCGAGAGCUCUUCCACCUGCUGAUGCGCGCUGCUAUCGAAUCCUUUCCCGACAUCCACUUCUACCGCUUCGGCAAGCCGGCCUCCGUCCCCGGCGCUGCGGGCGCCUGCGACAUGGCUUGGCGCUUCCGCCCCCGAGACGCCACGCGCCCCACCUUCUACAAGGACUACCGCCGCUUCCACCUUGCCAGAUCGGAAAACUGCACCCUCUUCGUCUCCAAGAUCGAUGACUACCACUCCGGCGUCAACGCCCGCAAGCGCCGCCGCUCCAAGCACGGGGCUGGAGGCGGCGGCGGUGGGGAAGUCGUCUUCGAGCCGAAGAAGAAUGCCCCGGCGGCCGAGGAACACAAGGCCGAUGAGAAGCUGGAGGCUGUGCCCGUCGUCGGAGAGGCCGUGAACGACACCCUCCCGGUCAUCGAGUCGGAGUCCACCUUCAGCGCCGGCAAGUACCUCAUCUACGACGGUGGCGGCGACCGAUGCAAGAGCAUGAACCACUACCUUUGGAGCUUCCUCUGUGCGCUCGGAGAAGCUCAGUACUUGAAUCGAACACUUGUCAUGGAUCUGACCAUUUGCCUCUCCUCGAUCUACACCGGGACGGGCCAGGACGCGGAAGGGAAGGACUUCAGGUUCUACUUCGAUUUCGAGCACCUGAAGGAUUCGGCAUCGGUCAUCGACCAGCGCCAGUUCUGGACGGACUGGGGGAAGUGGGAGAAGAAGGACAAGCUCAGCCUGCACUUCGUCAACGACUUCAAGCUCACGCCCAUGAAGCUCGCCGGCGUCAAGGACACCCUGAUCAUGAGGAAGUUCGGCGACGUGGAGCCCGACAACUACUGGUACAGGGUCUGCGAGGGGGAGACCGAGUCCGUGAUCCAGCGCCCCUGGCACCUCCUCUGGAAGUCCCGGCGGCUGAUGGAGAUCGUCUCCGCCGUAUCCUCGCAACUCAGCUGGGACUUCGACUCCGUCCACAUCGUGCGAGGAGACAAGGCGAGGAACCCCGAGCUGUGGCCCAACCUCGCGAGGGACACCUCACCGGAUGCGCUCCUCGCGACGCUCGGCGACAAGAUCGACAACGGCAGGCGGCUGUACAUCGCCACCAAUGUGCCCGACACCACAUUCUUUGAUCCCUUGAAGGACAAGUAUAUGACGUAUUUCCUCAAUGACUUCAGAGACUUGUGGAAUGAGACGAGCGAGUGGUAUACGGAGACCAAGGAGCUCAAUGGAGGGAUCCCCGUGGAAUUCGAUGGCUAUAUGAGGGUGGAGGUCGACACCGAAGUGUUCUUGAGGGGGAAGAAGCAGCUUGAGACCUUCAAUGAUCUAACCAGUGACUGCAAGGAUGGUGUCAAUACCUGCCCUGCUUCUUCUUGAUGCUAUGCUACAUCAUAUCAUCAUAGGGAGGCCAUUAGAUCUAUAUCAUGGAGCUUCAAUCUCUCAUCUUCACCUUGGCAUUUCGACAAGUGAGUCAAGUUUGCAGGAUCCUCAAUCUUUAGAAGAACCUCCGGGUUGUUUCCUUCUCUGCCUGGUUAUGAUUUCUUUGAGCUAUUUGAUACUGUUGUUGUAGUCUUAUCAAGAGCUAGUCAGCUAUUAGUGUCAUGUUCAUCCAAAAGACUCAUCUGACUUUUGACUUUUUGUUGUGCUAUAAUUCAGAUGAUAUUGCCA